CGACGGCGUGUUUGAAUUUUCUAGUGUUUUUUUAUUUAGAAAUUAUUUUUUGCUCGUAUUCGAGUGAAUUUUUUAUUCAAAAACUUUUACUUUUGGUUUCGUACGAACUUUAGUAGUUUUUCGUUUUCUCUAUUUUUCUCAUUUUUCCAUUUUGUAACGUAAUUUUUCGUCGUCGUCGAGUUUUGUUUUUAAUUUUUUCAUUAGCAGUUUGGAAAUUUUUUCAAGUUGAUUUUUUUUGUUCUGUUCCGGUAUUGAGAAAGUUCAACGAUAUUGUGAUAAUCAAAUUUACAUCGCCGCCGCCGUCACCAUCUUGUUCCACCAUAUUUCUUUUUUUAGCUCGUUGUGACGUGUCGUAUUUUAUUCGUGUGUUUUUCCAAGGUUGUUCACACGUUUUUUUUUCUUCUCUGUUUUCUGGUGGUCGCAUUUUCUAUAAUUGUUUUUCCGUCUGUAUUAUUAAUUAUUUCGGUAGUAGUAUCGCCGAGUAUUAAUCGAUUCAUUGUCCGAAUAUUGGUGUUGAUCGAGAGUUUGUUUUGGUGUUGUGGUGCUCGUGUGCUGUUCAAAGUGCUUAUCUCUCUCUGUUGUGACGACUUUCAUUUUGGGAAAUUAUUAUUAUUCCACAUUUUAGUAAUAAACUAACAGCGCAGCGUUGGUAUUAUCAUCGAUACGAGUGUGUCGUGUAAUUGUGUGUCGUAUACGUGUUAAUAUUGUCGUCGUCGAAUCGAUAGUUUUUUUGGUUUUUUCCCUCUUUCAAUAAGGAAAUAAAACCCGAAGCGGAGAACGAAACGUGUUUUUGCGGAUUUUUUUGCUGUUUUAUAUACCCGAAGGUAUAUAUUUAUGUAUUCUUUCGCAUCGAGAACACGUUGUUGAAAAAAAGAUAAUAGUUGAAACAUAUCGACCGAACGAACACAAUAAUGCUGGAAAACGUUACCACGAAAAAUUAAUGGUUUCCAAUGAUGAGAGGAUUUUCUAGUAUCAUCAUCGUCGUCUGGUAUUUGGAAAUGAAAUUCUAAUGCGCAGAUUCGAUCAAACGUUAGCGGAAAUUUUGGAAAGGUGUCAACGUAAUCGUGAAAAUACUACCACCAAAACCACCACCAUCAACACCACCACCAUUAUCUGGAGCAUCAGCAGCAGACCAGCAACAUCUUUGAACGUGUCAUCGUCGUCGCAAUAUUGGCGGUGAUUUUCAUAUCGUUUCGGUAUUGUUGGCGCGCGGUUCGACGACAUUCAACGAUAUGUCGAAUCCUCCGCGGAGGAUCGUAUUAAACAGCGCCUCGGUCGUCUCAAAGGUUACACCUUGGAAGAAUGGAGGAUAUUUCUGGCAGCAGCGUGCCGCUAUCUUUAACGGCUUCGCGAUAUACAGACGAUAGGGCAUCGUCGGACAGCGGUAUCAGUUCGCGAGGCGGCUCCAGCAGCAGCUCGAGCGCCGGCAGCGGUAGCAGCGACGAGCGUUCUGGUUCGCGUUCGAGCGCAUUGAGCAGUCUAGGAGACGAAGGUGGUGGUGGUGGUGGCGGAGGUGGAGGUGGAUCUCUGCAUCAGCAUCAUCAACAACAACAACAGCAUCAUCAUCAUUCGCAGUCGCCGCAAUUGAUCAGAAAAUCGCCGGCGCCGCAUCCGUAUUACCAGCAUCAUCCGCAGCAUCAUCAUCCGUCAGCCGCGACCUUAGAUGGUGUUCGCGUGUGGCGUGAUCCGAAUCUGUUGCUAGUUGCGGAUCGGAGUGUCCGUCAUAUCGAUAGUGUGCAACAUCAGUCGUUGCUGAUGUCCCAUCCGGCGGUGGUUGCCGGAUCGCCGUCGUCUUCCGCCGCAUCCGUAGUGUCGCCCGCGUCCGGAGUUGCCGCGCCUUCAACGCCCGCCCAUUAUCCGCCUACCGUCGUACCAAUGAUUACCCCGCAUCCUUUGCAUCAUCAGUUACCGCCGCAUAAUAUAUACACGUCUCCCAUACCGGAGAUGCUAUGGAAACAGCAACGAUUUCCCGGCAUGCCGAUGGCCGCCGCCGGCCAUCCGCAUCUCGUCUCCCUCUCCGCCGAAGAGCUGCUGGCCGAACGAGAACGAGCGUAUGCGCACGAUAGAGAAAGGCAGGAUAGAUUGCACAGAGAAAGAGAACAAGAACGCGAAGUCGAGAAGCAUAAAGAAAGAGAACGUGAAAAACACCAUCUGGAACGCGAAAGGCAAGAAAAAGAAAGGCUGGAGAAAAGAAGAGCCGACGAAGCAGUUCAAGAACAUUUCAGUCAAAGCUUGAAAUUAGCCAGUUUAAAACAGCAGCAACAACAACAGCAGCAACAAAAAUGGAAUCUGAUUACCAGUUUACCUCCCCCAGUGGUUAAUUUAUCUCCUGCGCUACGAGAAGAAGACAGGAAACGUAUGAUCGACGAACAAGUCAGAUACAUGAAACCAGAUCAUAGAUCGGAACGCGAAAAGAUGCCCCCUACGUUCUCACCAUAUUCCCCUCAUAUACCAAAAUCGUCCAGUUCGUCGAACAGUAGCAGUAAACACGAUUAUCUCUCGGUAGCUUCGUCGAGAGAUCGCAGCAGCAGCGGCGGCGGUGGCGGCAACCAGAAAUCGUCGUCUUCGUCGCAGCAGCAACACCAGCAACAGCAGCAGCAACAAAUGUUACCUAAAUCGGCGGAUUCCGGUUACAAUAUUUUCGGUUACCCGGCGUACCAGCCUCCGUUGAAUUUCACGCCGGCUCAAGACGCGAAGCUGAAGGGAGGCGUUGUGAUAAAUUCUCUAACUGGUGCCGGAGGCUUGGUAUCGAUUAAGAGCGGCGAUUCGCGAGACAGUCAUCACGGCGGCGGUCGAUCGCAACCUACCGAGAUCCUGCUGCCUAUGUCGUCGCAGCAGCAGCAUCCUCAAGAUAUGAAAAAUUCGGUGAUCGUUAAAAACGAAGGCAAAAUGACGCCGUCCGGUAACGCCGGCCCUCCUACGCUGUCGCCUCAAACGCCUCAGCAUCAUUAUCUAUCCGUCUCGGAAGCGGCGUCGCUGCAUAAACAGUCGAGCGGCGUAACGAUACCGGCACAUUCCUCCAGUCCUAAGUCGAUGCAGCAGCACCAUCAGCAGCGUUCGGGCGGCGAACCGCAUUAUCUAGUGAGUCCGCAGCAAUCGGCGGCCAUCAAAUCGCAACACGAGUAUCACCACCGUAGUCCGAACCAGUCACCGUUGCAGGCCGCGUACGCCGCCUCGACUAGUCCGCAUCAGCAUCAGCAGCAGCAGCAACAACAACAACAGCAGCAGCAGCAACACCAUCAUAUGCGACAAGCGGUGUUACCAGGUCCGGCCAAUACGCCUACUUCGGCAUCGGGCGGCCACCAUCGUCAAAGUCCGUUACCUCCGCCGCCGUCGCAUCGACAGUCGCCGCACCACAGACAGUCGCCGUUACCAGCGAGUCAAGCGGCUCCGUCGCCUUUGGCGCCGCCGCAGCAGCAUCAUCUGCAUCAUCGUCAAUCGCCCCAUUCGUUACCGCCGAGCGCGCUGUCUCCGCCUGAUCAGCGUUACCCUUCGGCUAGCGUUAAUUUAUAUCAGAAAGCCACAGGACCACCGACAGGGUCACCGUACGGGUAUCCGGCCACCAUCACCGGACCCGGAGGUCAAAUACUGCAUCCGAAUGCGGUCUCGAUAUCGUCUCAGCAAGCUACACCGCCGCCGUCGGCAUCGUCGUCGUCGCUGAGUAAACCCAAAGUCAGUAGUCCGGCACCGCAUCAUAUAUACGGUAAACCGAGCAGCGGUAUUACGAGCGGUACCCCUGUAUGUAGGCCAUCGCCUCAGCAAGAGAUCAGCCUGAGUCCGGUGCCUCCUCCUACGGUCAGUACGCCGACCAAGUGUUUGCUGACGCCGUCGCCGUAUCAACAAUUAUCGCAGCAUCAGCCGCCUCCCAGUACGAGCGUUUCGACGUCGACGUCGUCGGCCGCGAUGACGCCGCCUCCAGCCCAUAGUAGUCAACAAGCCAGUCGAUAUCCCGGUAUGGGUGGCAGACCUUCGCCACUCGGCGGUCUCAGACAGGUGUCUAGCGGACUUCCAGCAUCGUCAGCGUCGCCCGGAUCGGUAUCCGAUCUGAGUCUAUCAUCGAUAUCGGCCGCCACAGCCACCUCCGUAACGGCAUCUCAUCAAAUGCAACCUUUAGAUUUAGGCGUAAAAGAUUCCUCCUCCUCGUCAUCGUCGUCAUCGCCGUACUCGUCGGCAUCGUCUAACGGUCCUCCAGUUCUACAUCCAGCUAUCCCGCCUCCGUUGCUGGCUCCAUCGUCUCAACAAUUGACCGCUACCGAGUUGGUAGUUAAACGUAAAUGGCCCAUAGAUGAGUCCAGUCCUCCCGGCUUAACCGUCAGCCUGGCCGAAGACGACGCCGCGGCUAAGAAAUUACGUUACGGAGACGAGUCUGCUGCCUUGGCUGGUAGAAUGACCAGCAACAGCAGCAGCUGCAGCCGAGAACCUAGUCCUUCGUCGUUGUCGGUAGCUAGCCAACGACAAACGCCGCCCACCAUUACAACGACCGUGAUAAACGUACACGCCGGGACGCCUCCGCCGCCAGCGCUAACCAUCGCAGCACCAGUGCCGGUGCCAGCGUCAUCGUCGAUGGCUACUGAUAUGACCACUACGACGACGACGACCAAUACCACCUCGAGUACGCCGCCAACGUUACCAGAAGACGCUGCCGCCGCAGUUGCUACUCCAACGACGGCGGCCAGCACGCUGCAAGCGCCUCCUCCACCGUGCAGUAGUCCGAAUACGACACCGGCUAAGGCAUCAUCGGCAGCGGCGACCACGACCACUUCAUCGUCGUCGUCGUCGUCGUCGUCGUCGUCGGCGACCGUAGAUAGCGAAAAAUCCAAUAGUCCGAAACCGCCCACGUACGGUGGUCAUAAACUGAAGAAAGCCUGGCUACAGAGACAUUCCGGCGAAGACGAAGGCUGUUCGAAAAUAGGCGGCGGUGCGGCGUCCGCGUCCGCUUCCUCAAACGGAUCUCUCAGUAUUACUAAUGCUGAUAACAACAACGACGGUACAAAUGUUCCUCCUGUUUCCACGGCAUCGGCGACCACCACUCGCUCGAAUUCGCCGUCCACGACGACGACAUCAUCCGCAUCUGCAGUUACCACCAAAGAAAGCAACAACGAUAUGUCGGCGUUAACGUCGUUGAAUAAUUCUAUAAAUAGUAUCGGUUCUAUGGCUGUGAAUAGCAUAAGCAAAAGCAAACCGCCGAAAGGCUCCGGAGGCAAGAAAGCGGCGUCAGCGUCCGCCUCUGCCGCCAGCAAAGAUCGCGCCAGUCCGGUCGUUCUGAACGGUCACGUUAGUCCGAAACGAGCUGCAGCCGCGGCCGCCGCAUCGUACAUGUCGGACGAAUCGUCGAGCUCGGAAACAGAAAGCAGCAGCACGACUACGACCAAAUCGUCACCCAAACGCGUACCUCCGAAAGUAAAAAGGAAAAAAGCCGCCGCUCAAAAAGCAGCAGCCAACGCCGCCAAAGCUGCCACCAACGCUGCUGCGGCCACCACCAGCUCGGCUGCCGGAACGGAGAACGAAGACGCGGCACCGAAACGACGUAAACUGAACAGUACCAGCAGUACGGAUAGUGAUAAAGAAAGCGCCAGCGAGAAAGAAUCGGAUAACAGUAGCAGCGCCGGAGGAGGCGGUAAGAAAACGUCGAGCAAUCGCAGCGGUGGCGGCGGCUCGGAUGACAAGAAAGAUAACACGAGAAAACGCGGACGCAGACCGAAAGUAUCCGGAAGUUAUUCGCCGGCCGGAGGUAAAGACGGAGCUGCCGGUAAUGGAGCUUCGGGUGGAGCCGGCGGCGGUGGCGGCGAUGGUCCGAAAGAGAAAAAAUUCAAAGACGAUAAAGAACCGACUGAUCCGUUCAGCAAGCCGCCCAUAAGCACGCUGAAAAAGACCGGCGAGAGCUUCCUGCAAGACGGAUCGUGUUUCGAAGUAGCACCGAAGCUGGCCAAGUGUCGCGAGUGUCGCUGGACCCAGACGCAGCGGUCGCGCAGCAACGCUAAUAUAUUUUGCCGAUUUUUCGCCUUCCGCAGGCUGAGGUACACGAAGAACGGGCAGCUGGCCAUCGCCGGAUUCUCGGAUCCGCAUAAGGAUCCGUCGCAAGAAGACUUAAAUUUAUGGUUACCAAACUUUAAUAAACCUCCUACCGAUCUAGAUUUAGAGAUGGCGAGAUUCGUAUUAGCUCAAGUGGGUGAUCAGUUCUGCGAUUUAUUGAAUCAGGAAACAGAAGCCAUCAACAUCCAUAUAUCCGAAGAUAAGAAAAUAGCGUGGAAACGCGUCGUACAGGGUGUUCGUGAAAUGUGCGACGUUUGCGAAACGACGCUAUUCAAUUUCCAUUGGGCUUGCAGCAAAUGCGGUUUCGUCGUCUGUAUCGAUUGUUAUAAGGGUCGUAAAAACGGCACGAUCAAAAUCUGGGGCGAAGUGGGCAAAGAUCGCGACGAUCUGUCCUGGCUGUUGUGUACGAAUCGUCAACCGCACGAGCAAGAGAAGCUAAUGCUGACUCAGAUCAUCGCCGGCGAGGCUUUGAUGAAGUUAAAGAAGCUCGUACACGAGUCUCGAGCCAUGUGGGAUGUGCCUAUGUACUGCGGAUGUCCGUUAGCGCAAAGUGUAACCGUUCCGGCGGCCGGUAAUGGCAUUUGUAAAGAGAUCUUGCGUAAUUUGAAACGUGAAAAGCAACGUAAAGCACAGCAACAGGUGAACGGCGGAGCGGUCAAGUCGGAGAAUGGUGAUUCGGCCGACGAGGCGGGUAAGAAGAGCGAAAACAACGAUUCGACCAAGUUGGAUAUGUUGGCGAAUGUCGCCUUGAAUCAGAACAAAGCUUCCGUCGACGAUGGUGGCGAUAGCAGUAGCGACAGCGACGAUGGUAAUUUCUCAACUUUACGCGAAUUACUGGUCAGACCGAAUAAGACGAACGGUAGCGGCAGCAGUCAGCCUACGUCUCCUACGCCUACGGCGGCCGGCCAACAACAACAACAACAGUCAUCCAAUUCGACCAAUACGAGCGCCGGAGCUGCGGCUGCUAAAUCUAAGCAAAAGAAAUCGUUGCUGAACGAGAUAGAUGAGGUGAUCUCAAGCGUAGGCGGUGAUAACGUCGACAACAACGACGAUUAUUUAACGGAUAGAUCGAUGAACGGUGCUAAUGACAGUCUGGAGUUGAAGUACUUCGUCAGAGCGCGAAAUAAACCGAUCCAGCGCCACUUCAAUAUUCCAAUUCGCAUAAUGACGUUCAGCGAUAGUCAACUGCUGUAUCCGAAUACACCGCAUCAGUGGCUGUGCGACGGAAAACUGCUCAGGUUACUCGAUCCGCUGCAUUCGGGAAAUUUCACCAUUUUCCAAGACCAGUGGAAACGAGGCCAGCCAGUGAUAGUGAGCGACGUUACGAAACGUCUAGAUUGUAACCUAUGGCAUCCGGACGCGUUUGCCAAAGACUUCGGUGAUAAUAAGAAUGAUCUCAUUAAUUGUAUGACCGGUAAGACGGUGCCGAACCAACCGAUGCGCAAGUUUUGGGAAGGAUUCGAGUACCAGUCGAAACGACUGAAAGACGAUAAAGGUAACGCGAUGUUGCUGAAAUUGAAAGACUGGCCUCCGGGCGAAGAUUUCGCCGAAAUGUUGCCAUCUAGGUUCGCUGAUUUAAUGAGCGUACUACCGUUGGGCGAAUACACCCAGCGUAAUGGUAAACUGAAUUUAGCGUCGCGUUUACCGGACUCGUUCGUGCGACCGGAUCUCGGACCGAAAAUGUACAACGCUUACGGUUCGGCCAUCUAUCCGCACACCGGCACGACCAAUUUGCAUUUAGAUAUUUCGGACGCCGUCAACGUGAUGGUGUACGUGAGCAUUCCGAAAGACGGCGAUACCGAUAAACAUAUGAAAGAGGCGUAUCGCGCGAUCGACGAAGCAGGCUGUGAUUUCCAAUCGAGAAGACGAGCACGCGACAGUAAAACGCUGCCGGGAGCUUUGUGGCAUAUUUACGCGGCUCGAGACGCGGAUAAAAUUCGCGAUUUGCUGAACAAGGUGGCGAUCGAACGAGGAGCACGUCUCGAACCGAAUCACGAUCCGAUACACGAUCAGUCUUGGUAUUUGGACGGACCCCUACGCGAACGUUUGAAGAAAGAGUACAUGGUCGAAGGAUACGCCAUCGUGCAGUGUUUAGGAGAUGCUGUUUUCGUUCCGGCCGGUACACCUCAUCAGGUGAGAAAUCUAUUGAACUGUAUAAAAAUCGCCGAAGAUUUCGUAUCGCCCGAAAACGUCUCGCAUUGUUUCCAUCUUACGCAAGAAUUCCGCGACCUUUCCGAUACGCAUUCUAAUCACGAAGAUAAACUGCAAAUCAAGAACAUAAUGUAUCACGCGGUCAAAGACUCGUUGUCCGUUCUGGGAGCUACUCUGAAUCAAAACAACUCGGACAGCGAAUCAUCGUCGAACGAUACUAAAAGUGUUAAAACCGAAGUCAAAGUAGAGAGUAAUUCUUAAAAAAGAAACCUAAGGUAAUAUUAUAUUAUCUAUAUUUGUACGAAAUCCCCCUUCUUUUUUAAAAAAAAAACAAUUUUGAAAAAAAAUAACGUCGUAACCGAAUUUUUGUUUUUUAUUUUAUCCUUUUGUUUCGAUAUGUUUUUUUGUUCUCGUGAACUUUUCGUUUUAUUAUAUGUAAUACAUUAUUCGUCGAAGCUCAAAUUUAUUAAUUACGUUUUUUUUCCUUUUUUUUUCUUUGUUUAUUUUUUAAAUGUAUGGCGAAACAGACGCUUUUUUUUGUUGUGUAUAGUUUACGCGUUAUCUACUUUAGAAAUAAUAAUAUAUGUAUAUUGUCUUAUAUAUGUAUGUUACGUUUACUCGAGAUUUUAUUAUUUUUUUUUUCUAUGUAUUUGUGGUGUACAUAAUAAUAAUGAUGCACUAUUGUAUAUGGGUCGUGUAAAAUGUGUUAAUUUUUUCGCCUUUUUUUUAUAAUUUGAUUUUUGAUUUUUUUUUCAGUUUUAUUUUUCCUUAUUUUGAUUUUUUUUUCUCUGUAUGACUCUUCUCUUUUUUUUUCUUUUUUCGUAUAAGAUGUUCGAAGUUAUACGAGUUACACGAAAAAUUACAUUUACUGAAUGAUUAUAUUAUUGUAUAGUGUAUUGUAUAUAAUAAUUACCUCCAUGCAUUGAUGGUAGAACGUAUUUUUUUUUUUUUUUUUGUAGUCUAAAAAAAAGAGUCGAGGUGUAAUAAAUAGUUUCUAUUACUUUUUAUUCUUUUUUUGAGAACCAAAUUUUUUAUUGUAUAUUCUCUGUGAUGUAUAAUAUUAAAGUAAAAAUAUAAGAUCUGAAUGUUUUA